CGGUUGAAGAACCCGUCGGUCACAUGUGAGUGUCGAUAAAUAUCUUAGUUUUAUCGUGAAUCCUUUAUUAAUAGUUGUAAUUAUUGUUUUCAUCACUCCUGACCGUAUCUAAAACUCGGCACACAACACAAUGGCAGACAUCGAGGAUACACACUUCGAGACCGGGGACUCGGGUGCCUCCGCCACCUUCCCCAUGCAAUGCUCUGCACUGCGCAAGAACGGUUUCGUCAUGCUCAAGGGGCGCCCCUGCAAAAUCGUAGAGAUGUCCACAUCCAAAACCGGCAAGCACGGCCACGCUAAAGUUCACUUGGUUGGAAUCGAUAUUUUUAACGGCAAGAAAUACGAAGAUAUCUGUCCAUCCACUCACAACAUGGACGUGCCCCACGUGAAGCGUGAGGACUACCAGCUGACCGACAUCUCUGACGAUGGCUACCUGACUCUCAUGGCUGACAACGGUGACCUCCGCGAGGACCUCAAGAUCCCAGACGGUGACCUCGGCACUCAGUUGCGCUCCGACUUCGAUAGCGGCAAAGAGCUGUUGUGCACUGUGCUGAAGUCUUGCGGUGAGGAGUGUGUAAUCGCAGUCAAGGCAAACACAGCUCUCGACAAAUAAACCAACUCAGCAUUUAUAGGGAUAUACAUACAUAUAAUUUUUUUACAAUCAACAGCUCUUACAUAAAUGUAAAACAUAAUACUAUGUAUAAUUUAACAUAAAAUAUUAUGGUGUGACGUGGUGCUGGCUUGCCGCCGUCCACUCCGUACCGAGGGCAUCUCAUGACGUACUCGCACCGGUCUGCGAGCCUGUGCCGUUGAUGCGACCAAUGUUUAAAGUUAAGCUUCUAGAGAUGUGUCUACUUUCCAUCUCGGGGUCUCUAGUCGUUGUACUGGGAACUCAUCGCUCUGUCCAUCUCGUCACAAACCCUUGGGACCACAGGUCUGGGCUUGAAUUCUGAGUACAUCGAACAGUUGGCCGUCCGGCAUUAUUUUUAAUUUUGUUUUGCGUUACAAAAUAUUUAUUUGAAAUUACAUGUACAAAUGCAGGAUUAUUGCACUCGGAUACAAUUUUAUUAAUGGUAGGACUGGGGUGCGCGUGAGACGCUGAUGCAUUAAUUUAUUUAUACUUAAGUGUAAUGUGCCCUCGAGUGCGAGCGAGUGCGACGGCAGCAGGCAGCCGCGUGCGACCGGCCGGAACUUCACGUUUGUUUUUGUUUUGUUUGUUCUCUUUCGCUUACAACGUCUACUAAACGUUAAAGUUGCGUUGCGCUCCGCGAGCCGCCGAACGUUUGUUGAUCAACAUCGGUGUGAUAAAAUUCCCCGUGGUGGAUAUUAAAUGUUAUAAUAUUACGGUAAAUAACCCGACAAAAGAGAUGGAUGCAAACUUGAAGUUAUUACCAUAUUUUAAUGCUAAAUUAAUUAAUACAUAUUAAAAAAAUCGGGAAAAUGCGCAAAAAAAUAGAAAUAAAGAAAAAUUCUUGAAUGUGUUGUGUGAUUGAUUAGUCCUCUGUUAGCACUUGUCGCGUACGUGACGCAGUGCUCGGCGCGAAGUCGCGCCUCCCUUAUGUGUAACACUUGCCAUCUGUUCAAAUACCAUCCGACUACAGACACUAGUGGUGUGCAUUCCAUAGCGUGCAGUGUUCUGCUCCUAUCGUUAUAACCGUGACGUGCUAAAUCAAUGAAGACUGACUGAGAAUGUCUCCUGAUAAUGAAUAUCCUCAGGCAAGACUGACAAUGCAUUUUGUAGAAGAAAUAGCUGAUUUUUAAUGUAAAUUUGUGCUCAUCUUGGCCUUUCCUUGCUCUCUUUGUUUGCUCAUUUGAACACAUGAGAUGUUACACGUUAUCGAGUGGCUUAAGAUUGCCUAAAUUCCAUGUUUUAAUGUAAGGUCUCGUGACGGCCACUCUUGCAAGUGUUGCCUUCAAGGGCUAGAUAGGGUACCAUUCAUUUGUAUGUUAGUGGACUUAUCAAUAUUCUUUUAACAUCAGAUUGUCAAAGACGAUAUGAUAUACGAAAAUUAAUGUAAGAAUGUAAGGUAAGGCCCUAUAGGAGAGAUAUUUUUUUAUGCAUUCAAAAUUCGUACUUCGCAGGUUUUAGACUAAAAGUUUAGGCUGUUAGAUAACAGUUUGUUCUCUGUACAUUUUUUUUUCGAAAUUGCAUAAUCGUUAUUGUUGGUAAAGUUUUUAUACUUAGCAGCUUGUAAUCAGGUUUUUAUUUUAUAAUAAACCUAAGGUAUAUAUGUAAAGACAUCGGGAGGUCUAAAAUAAAAUACUUUAGUAAAAAAGGUAACUUUUCUUUCUGUAAAGAUAAGCUGUUGUAUCCCAAUGGAACCUUGAAUCGAUGUAUUCCUUCCUUGUUGGAUAUAUCUUGUAAUAUCCGAAGCUUAGAUUAGCGUUUGCGGAUUAAAUGUGAAUUUAUUCAUAGCCGUUAGAAUUAAUUAAUUGGUGCACCUAUAAGUUAUUAUUAGGAAUUGAUUCUCUUGCACACAUGGUCUGUUGCUUAUAUUAAAACAUUACUCAGUAGAUUCUGUAAAACGAGCUAUAGCACCGGAUCCAGGCAUAAUUUCCAAGCUUUCUGUGUACCAGUAACGAGUCCCACUCGAGUCAGUGCCGCUCCUGUGUAUAGCUUGUCGAUUUCAACGCUGCGCUGUGCCGGCUGUGCGAGACGGUCGACUGCUAGGUCGUUAUCAUAAGACCUUGUGGAGAAGAGAUGGUUUAAAAUUGUAAUGAUCCAAUAAUCUGCGGAUUUUAAUUUAGGAAUUUAAAAUUAUUUUUUAUAUCGGGGCGUAGGACAGGUCGAAUAACUAAUGUGACGGUAUUUAGUGCAAAAGUUCUGUAAAUACGUAAGAUUGGAUAGAUCGAUGGAUGAUGGACACUAGUUUUAAAAGUUUAUCAAUAAUCCACUCUUGAUGCAGUUUUCCAUGUUUUCAUAUUGUAUGAACAAGCAGUACCGAAUUAAUAGCAACGGCCAAUAAAUAAAUGUAAAGCAGUAAUAAGUACCUAUUUAACAGUCUGUCGAAUUAAAUCUGUACAAAAUGAAA